UGUUGCCAACAAGCACGGUAUACAGUAGAGGCGCUCAUGCCACAAUUUCCGUGAGGAUUUUUUGUGCUCUAGUCACACUUUUGUAUACAAUUACAGUACACAAUUUUGCUUCAGUUUCAAACAAAAUUAAAGUCUGCUAGUAAAAAAAAUGUGUGGAACGCACGCCGAUUCGGUUGUGGAGAAUCCCCCUUAAAUUCAAAACAAUACGAAUGGUUUAUAAUGACUUCGUUCAUUGUUCUGCACUAUAUUCUUAUUUUAGUAAUUGAGUGACUAAAGCUAGUAACCACUACAAUUUUUUUUGUGUUCAUUGUUAGUUAAAAAAUACUAAAAUAAUAAUUAACAAUGGAAAGUACAAUGCAAUUAAUAUUUUUAGUAGUGUUUUUAAAAGUCAUCUCUGCUCAACCUUCUCCCCUUGAACUUGUUGAAAAAAUAAAAGCACUAGAGCCUCUUUUAACAAAAUUGUCAUCGCCACAAUUCCAACAACAACCAGAGGUCAUUUCUGCUCAACCUUCUCCUCUUCAACUUCUUGAAGAAAUAAAAGCACUAGAGCCUCUUUUAACAAAAUUGUCAUCGCCACAAUGCCAACAACGACCAGAGGUCAAGCCCACUCAAUGCUGCGUAAUUCCAGACCUGUUCGAUAAGGAAACCAAUGCAGGAUGCAUAAGGCCAGAUGAUGAAACAUUGCGAAUGACCGCCGUUCGUGGAUCACCUGAGUGUGCAGAAAGAAAGUGCAUACUCCGGAACAACGAUUUGCUCCUCGACAACGAAGAGAUUGACAAGGAUGCCUUCAAGCAGCACCUGGACGAGUGGGUGGCGACGAGAAGGGAGUGGAUGCCUGCAGUUAAAGCUGUUAAAGAUGUAUGUCUUGGUAACAAGCCUUUGAUUGGAUUCAUGCUGACGUGUGACGCGGACGGACUAAUAUGGUGCAUCAGCGCUAAUUUACUUCAGAAAUGUCCUAACUGGCUGGAUACUGACAGCUGCGCUGCAACGCGAGCAUUUAUGGAAAACUGCCUGCCUUAUAAUUUCGAUAAAGACAUACCUAAGUAACUGACUGUAUGAAAUAUAUGUAUAAAACAAGAAUGUUGUACUCAAAGUGCUU